UCGCCGACCACACCGGUUCAAGGUUUCCUGUGAUUCUUUAGCGUUGUUCGUAGGUUCGUGCAUCAGUUCAUGCAUUGCUACACCGGUUCAAGGUUUCCUACGAGUCUUUAGCGUUGUUCAUAGGUUCGUGCAUCGGUUCGUGCGUUGCAUCUUCUCUUUGAUACUAGAGGAACUAAAAUAUGAGUUACAGGACUAAAAGAACAUUGGUAGCUGUUGACGAAUGGUCGAGCAUUGCUGCAUCCAAGUCCCCAAAAUCUUUUGAUCCAUCCUCCCAAAACUGGGGACCGUUCAGUCCUCCAACACUUGGAGUGUCACAGACAUUUGGGACGGUAACACAACCCAUUAAGCAACCAGUAGCUGCUAAAAAAACCAUGGUUGCACCACAAUCAUCCUUGCCUCGGCCUACUUCCAUGGUUUCAAAGCCACAACUGAAGGCAUUAUCAAAACCAUCAUUUACCCAGACAAAACCAUCCUCUAACCCAUUACAACAACCAAUUCCGCCCACUCUUACAGGAACAACACAAAGUAGAUGGUAUAAAGGACCUACGUUUCCCAAUCUGACUGAAAUUGCAACACAAAAAGCGUCAACACCGAAUCCACACCAGCCUACUAUGCAGCCUGUGUUGCAGCCUUUCAAAGCUACCUUGCAGCCUUCUUUGAAGCCUUUCAAAGCUUCCCAACAGCCUCAAACAACUACAAAUCAGCCUCAAAAAGCUACCCAUCAGCUUCACAAAGCUACACAGCAGCCUCAAAAAGCUACACAACAGCCGGUAUCUUCUUUUACAAGUGUCAAACCACACUUAGAGAAAGAGAAUUUGUUGCACCUUUGGGAGCAACAAAACAUGUGAUGUCACAAUCUCCUACACCACCAGACACCAUGGCAAUGAAAAAGAGAACCGGGAAGCUUGCUUCUGGUCAGUUGCCUCCAACAUACAUGCAUGUGAGUGAGAAUGCAUUUCAACCUCCGCGAUAUCCUCCAUCCAAAUAGGUUGAGAGUGAAGUUAUGCCAAAUUAUAACUGGGACGCAGUUGAAGAAUCGGCUUCUGAGAGUGAAAAUGAAUUUGAUCAAGGAGAAGGAAGUGAUACUGCUGUGAAGAAACCAACAC